ACACGCGGUUCUUUCCGGACAAACGUUUUUUUAGGUAAUAAGCGUCGAUUCGGUCAGGAUGAUUGCAUACAUUCAGGCUCCCAGAAGGAAAAAGGAUGACGGAUGGAAAACGUUUAUUGCACGCAGCAGAAGAAAAAAAAUCCGCCCAUAAACAGAUUUCUUCAUAACACUGACUGACAAGUUAUAAAACUAUUUCACAAAUCAUGUUGUGCAUUAAAUUUCAUUGAAAUCACUAGCGAAUAGAAUAAGAAGCUCAACAAUGUUAACUAAGGCCCAUGUCAUUGGUUUUUCGCAUGCGAUUUUAUCCUGAAGCCUGUCAAAUUUUUGUAUGGGAUUUGACAGAUUAAGUCGGAAGAGGAAAUCAUUGCAAUUUGUUACAUUGACUGUGCUGAGCUAAACAUUUUAAAACCUACCGAAAACUACCAAAAAACUGAAACUCCUACCGUCUACCGCCCAAAAAAAUCUGGUCACACUGUCUACGAGCGUUCGCAAACGGAAAACAGCUGACAGUUUGCGCUUGCCACAGACCAAAGGGCGCUAAAAACGUUGCAAAUCAAAAUAGAAAAUUUUGGCUACGAAUCGCAAUGAAUAUUCCAAGCUUUCGGCCCAAUUACUACAGCCUGGACGAUAUUGCGAUAACGCAGGAACGCAUACCAUGCCGCACGACGCAGGAUCUCCACAUGAUGGGUUUUCUGGACGCUUCGGAAAAAUCUCCCAACCUAUCGAACAACCACACGCUCGAGCUUCCGCUUUGGGUGAUGCUCACGCAAGACGAUAGAAAUCCACACUUUGAAGCUCUUGUCCCCGACAUCUACAGUGCGGCCUAUAAGGAAAUCUACCAGGCAGAUGCGAAUUACGUGGAGCUCGGUGCGCUUUGCAAGUUUUACUUCGAGCUGGGCAUGUACCUGACGCGCUACCAGAACAAUAACAGUGUGGCGGAGAUGCUUUACACCACGGCACAGGAGCGGCUCAAGGGGCUGAAGGAUCUGUGCCAGAAUGUCGGCAACGAUAGCUUGAACGUGGCCAGCAAGUUCGACUUCAGCGAGCGGUUGCUGUUCAACGAGGGCACCAAAACGAACAAGCUGUUCGACGACUGGCUGCAGGAGCGGCAGGUCCACAUCAAAUCGACCGAGAUCGCGAUUAACAUACGCAAGCGCAAGCGAAGUCCGGACGGGGAAACGCAGGAGGAGCAACAAUAAAACGGGAAAUUGCUUUUUCUUUGGUCAAAA